AGGAGGUGGUGGGGCAGCAGCAGCUGGCUCACGGCCUCCCCAGAGCCCUCCCGGCCUUGGCACCGGCACUGGCACGCGCUAUGGCAAAUGAAGAGCAAGUCCUGCCUUCCCCGCUCAAAGGGGGGCACCCUCCUGCAGUAAAGGCUGGAGGAAUGCGAAUUUCCAAAAAACAAGAAAUCGGCGUGCUGGAGAGACAUAGCAGAAAAACAGGAUUAGAGAAAACAAGUCCCAUCGCAAGUGUUGCCAAACUCCAGGCGCUGGAUGCCCUGAACGACACACUGGAGAAGCUCAGCCAUAAAUUUCCAGCAGUAAUGCACACGGCACAUCAGAAACCCAGACCUGCCCUGGAGAAGGUCACUCCACUGAAACGGAUCUACAUUAUUCAGCAGCCUCGAAAAUGUUAAGCUGGAACGUAAAACACAGCCGUCUGGCCAACUGCCCCACGUGCAUCUGACAGCUUGGUGAAAAGGACCAAAAUUUUCCGUAGGCCUAGUGCACUUGCUUGGUCGAUAAAACAGCUUUUGUAUCUUCUCUUCUGACUUUAGAUAAUAAAGCAUCCAAAUUCAUAAA